AUGGAAGUUUUUACGCUGCUUAUAAUUAGUCGUUUACGUGAUGAAUUAUUCCCUCCAGUUGAAGCAUUAGACUUAGGCUAUGCACCACCAGAAUUCCACCGGAAUCUCUCAGUGGAACAAGUUGAUCAAAUUGUCAAUCUAUUCACACCGAUUUGUUUAAAUCAUUUUCUUUAUUCAAAAUCAAUUACAAUUGUUAAUAUAGCUGUAAAAAUUAUUCCAAUGUUGUGUAAAUUACGACCAAGUCUAGUGUUACCAAAUCUUCUCAACGAUCUUGAAUUUGUAGUUGUAGCAGUAGUACCAAUUGUUCUGGUUUGAUCAUUACACAAUUCUGGUAGAAAAAGGUGUGAAUGCCAAAUUUCGCUAGUGGCACAAUUGAGAAUUAGACGAUAUAAGACACUAUCUGAACACGGGAGGCUAGGUGAAUUGCUUUCACUGUUGUUGCUACUACUCGGAGUAAAAAUACGCUUUAAAGAGGAGAACUUCUCGACAAUUAUGUCGUCAUGUGUUCGAGUUAAUCUGCCAACGGGAUUGGAGGAAACUUGUUUAGAGGAAGAUGAUGCUGAUGAUGAUGACUGGAGAAAGUCGAGACUUCCGAGGGCAGAU